GAAAGGGAGCCGGCCUAUAAAAAGGCCUGGGUAGCAAGGCCAUAUCUUUUAAGGCUCUUGCGAAGGGCUGUUACUAUUUUUUAUGUAGGGACCCGGAGGCGCCGGCUGGUUAUCCUGAGAGGUGCUACAGUGACCAUGGCUGAAGGGGACAAUCGCAGCAGCAACCUGUUGGCUGCAGAAACUGCCAGCCUGGAAGAACAGUUACAAGGAUGGGGAGAAGUGAUGCUAAUAGCUGAUAAAAUACUUCGAUGGGAGAGAGCCUGGUUUCCACCUGCAGUCGUGGGUGUGGUUUCUUUGGUAUUCCUUUUGAUCUACUACUUAGAUCCAUCUGUUCUUUCUGGUAUUUCCUGUUUUGUUAUGUUUUUGUGCCUGGCUGACUACCUUGUACCCAUUCUUGCUCCUAGAAUAUUUGGCUCCAAUAAAUGGACUACUGAGCAACAGCAAAGAUUCCAUGAAAUUUGCAGCAAUCUAGUGAAGACACGGCGCAGAGCUGUUGGCUGGUGGAGACGCCUCUUCACGCUGAAGGAAGAAAAACCUAAAAUGUACUUCAUGACCAUGAUUGUUUCCCUCGCUGCAGUUGCUUGGAUUGGACAGCAAGUCCACAAUCUUUUCCUCACCUACCUUAUUGUAACUUUCUUACUGCUACUUCCUGGACUAAACCAACAUGGAAUCAUUUCAAAGUACAUUGGAAUGGCCAAAAGGGAGAUAAACAAGCUCCUCAAACAAAAGGAGAAGAAAAAUGAAUGACGCAUCUGUUUCAUUCAGUAUCAUAAAUGUGGCAUAGUGUCCUUGGGAACAGUUUCUACAAAGUAUGUGUACUAAAAUGUUAUGGAAGUAUAUUUUUACUUUCUUAUUUAACUUCUGAUUGGCUCUUGAUAAAAAUUUGAGACUGGCCAAUUGAAAGGCCCUAUGUAUGGUGUCUGCAUAAAGUUCAACAGAAUGUGUCUUCACUGAUUUAUAUUGAUAACUUGAGAAAUAGCAGUCUGUGAGAUGGUCCCCUCUGGACUUGUUCUUAUUUCAUUACCCAAGGUUAACUGAACUGGCAUUUUUAGGGAACUGAAACAACCCCUCUAGUAUAGUAGUUUAGUAACUCACUAGUAUUGUAAUUCAUUUUAAUCUUUUAGAAUGUUAACGGUAACUUGAGUAAUACAGUCCAUCUUAACAGUGGAAAAUCUCAGGUUAAACUUUUCUUUCUAGAGAAACAGUGGUGGUCUGUGGGUGUAGGAAGUAGGUUUCAUAUCCUGCUUCAAGAAGUUGGCUCCAUGGAUGUAACAUCCAAUUUUGUCACUUCUGAUAGAGACCAAUUAGCAUUAAUUUUCCAUUCCUAUUCAUUAUCAUGGAAAUGCCCACAGAAUUACUGAAAAGUGGUUCCAUGGCCUAGCUGAUGAUUAACCAACCAUUAAUGUUUUGCCCCUGUGGAACACCUUGGCAGUGUGCAGAAAUUUGAUCAUUUCUGCCAAGUAGCAAUCUGGCACAUUGUUUUCGGUCACUCUUGUGCCUUCGCACUUAAAAUAUGGUAACUUCUGUUUAGUAAAUUGUUGAGAAGUUUCCUUAUAGUAACUCCUAACAGAGUCCUACUAUUAUAAGAUAAUUAACUAAAUCCUUGGCCUGGGGGAGAGGGCAGAGGAAGAACCAAUGAAUGGAGUCACCAUUAUAUAAAAGCACUAGAAACAGAGUUAUGGCAUUCCUAGCUCUAAGGCCAAAUAAUAAAACUUAACCCUUAAAUUAGUCAAGCCCCACUCUAAUAGAGAAUAGAUCUCAUGAGAUACUAUUUUAAAUUCUCAGACCUGUGAUAUGACUCAGGUUAGUAGUUAUAAGACACUGCUGUCACCAUAGGUUUAGUAUAAAAAUAAGUGAUUGCCUGUGUCCUUUUCUUUCACCACUCCAUAGAGAACUAAAGGGCUAUUGGUAAAAGUAUAGUAGAAAGUCUGCCCCUGUUUGUAUGUUUUGAAGUUACCAGAUAUUCAAAUUAUAUUCAGCUUAGUAGCCAGAAAUUGAGGUAGCUUUGAAUGUGAAUAAAGAAACCCCCAAAACUUGCAGCACUUCUUCAGCAACACCCUGUCCUGUGUGAAAAAUGUCAAGGAAUGUUUAGAAACAAUAUUUAAAAUCUUAUUAACUAUAAUGUAGUUUUGUGAAUUUAAUUGCACUGAAAUUAUAAAAACUGGGCUGUGAUAUUUAUGUCCUAACAGUAAACUUUUGUUUUCAGAAUACUACUGUAGCCAAGGAGCCCAUGUAGCAUGAUUAGUUUUAUGAAUGUUGUCUGAUAUAUAAACCACCUAGAAAAUAUUGCAUUUAUUUCCUCUUGUAAAUAAGCCUGUCUUCAUAGCUGUUUUUUGUGUGUUGUACUGAUUACCUCUGCUGUUUUAAUCCUGUAUUAUUCCUUCUACUGUGUUUUGUGUAGGAAGAGAUGGGGAGAGUAUAAAGAGGGAUGGGAAAGAAUAAAAAAAUUAAACUCUUCACUUA